GUUCUGGUCGAAAACUGGACACCUGGCAACCCUAGCUGGGACUGUGGGGUGAACAGCAGGGCCAAGAAGUGGCGGUCAUAAUGGUAUCCAUCCCUGAAUACUAUGAAGGAAAGAAUGUCCUCCUCACAGGAGCUACUGGCUUCAUGGGAAAGGUGCUUCUGGAAAAGCUACUAAGGUCCUGCCCUAAAGUGAAAGCAGUUUAUAUAUUGGUGAGACAUAAAGCAGGACAGAUGCCUCAAGAACGAAUGGAAGAAAUGAUCAGCUGUAAGCUCUUUGACAGGUUAAGAGAUGAACAGCCUGAAUUUAAAGAGAAAAUAAUAGCAGUUCCUAGUGAACUUACGCAGUCUGAACUGGACCUUAGUGAGCAGGACAAAGAAAAGCUCAUAGACUGCAUUAAUAUUGUAUUCCAUUGUGCUGCUACAGUCAGAUUCAAUGAAACACUGAGAGAUGCUGUUCAGUUAAAUGUGAUUGCCACACAACAGCUCAUCAUCUUGGCCCAGCGAAUGAAGAAUUUGGAGGUGUUCAUGCAUGUUUCAACAGCAUAUGCUUAUUGCAAUCGAAAGCACAUUGAAGAAAUCAUAUAUCCACCCCCUGUUGACCCCAAGAAACUGAUAGGUUCUUUGGAGUGGAUGGAUGAUGGUCUAGUGAAUGACAUUACUCCAAAACUGAUAGGAGACAGACCUAAUACUUACACUUAUACAAAAGCCUUAGCAGAAUAUGUUGUGCAGCAGGAAGGUGCAAAAUUAAACAUAGCCAUUAUACGGCCAUCAAUUGUUGGUGCCAGCUGGAAGGAGCCUUUCCCUGGAUGGAUUGAUAACUUUAAUGGGCCCAGUGGUCUUUUUAUUGCGGCAGGAAAAGGAAUUCUUCGAACAAUAAGAGCCUCCAACAGUGCAGUUGCAGAUCUUGUUCCAGUAGAUGUAGUUGUCAACACAACACUGGCUGCAGCUUGGUAUUCUGGAGUUAAUAGACCAAGAAACAUCAUGGUGUACAAUUGCACAACAGGUGGCACCAAUCCUUUCCACUGGGGUGAAGUUGAAUACCAUGUAAUUUCCACUUUCAAGAGGAAUCCUCUCGAACAGGCCUUCAGACGGCCCAAUGUAAAUCUAACCUCUAAUCAUCUUUUAUAUCAUUACUGGAUUGCUGUAAGCCAUAAGGCCCCGGCAUUCCUGUAUGAUAUCUACCUCAGGAUUACUGGAAGAAGCCCAAGGAUGAUGAAAACAAUAACCCGUCUUCACAAGGCCAUGAUGUUAAUAGAAUACUUUACAAGCAAUUCUUGGAUUUGGAACACUGAGAAUGUCAAUAUGCUAAUGAACCAACUAAGCCCUGAAGACAAAAAGGUGUUUAAUUUUGAUGUUCGACAGUUACACUGGGCAGAGUACAUGGAGAACUACUGUAUGGGAACUAAGAAAUAUGUACUGAAUGAAGAAAUGUCUGGUCUUCCUGCAGCUAGGAAACACUUGAAGAAGUUAAGGAACAUACGUUAUGGCUUCAAUACAGUCCUUGUGGAUCCUGAUCUGGCGUAUCUUAUUGCAAGAUCACAAAUGGCGAGAAACAUCUGGUACUUCGUGGUUAGUCUGUGUUACAAGUUCCUCUCCUACUUUAGAGCAUCCAGUACUAUGAGAUACUGAAGAGAAGAAUUUUAGCAUUAGGACAUCUAUGCAUAUGGUGGUCUAACUGCACAAAGCCUGUAAAAUGUACUUUGUCAUCUCAUCUUUUGUAAAAACAUGAAAUCAUCUUAGACCUGGAGUGUGAAAUAUAUACAG